AUGAAGAUCUCUAUUCUGUCACUCACCACUCUACUCGCAGCUGUUGCUGUUUCGCAGAAGCCGGUGACUGAAGACGAAGCGAAUGCCUGGCAGUCGUGCACUUGGGCUCUGCUUGACAAGUUCAACAAGGGAGACGACGGUUCCAAGGCUGCCUGCGACCUGUGGGGCUGCUUGCAGCUUAUGUCUUCUCGAUACCACCGCGGCGGAGGCCUUACGGUACUUUCCAGGGCACUCGAUCCCGUUUGCGGCGUCACCAACUUGGGUAGCAAUCUGCUGCCGAAAUGGGACAUGUUCCAGCGCAGCAUCUCUGAGAAACUACGGCAGGACACUUUCAGGGUGGCCACAACACCCGGGUGA